CCGCGGACCCGCACCAUGGGCUGCUUCUUCUCCAAGAAGCGGAAGAGCGAGAAGGAGCAGCAGCAGCCGCCGCCGGCGUCGGGGGAAGGCGGGGAGCAGCCGCCGCAGAAGCUGUACAGCUGGGACAAGCGGGAAAAGGUUGAUCCAAAAGACUAUAUGUUUAAUGGCUUGAAGGAUGAAACAGUAGGUCGCUUACCUGGGAAAGUUGCAGGACAGCAGUUUGUCAUUCAAGACUGUGAGAACUGCAACAUCUACAUCUUUGAUCACUCUGCUACAAUCACUAUUGAUGAUUGUACAAACUGCAGAAUAUUUCUGGGACCUAUAAAAGGCAGUGUCUUUUUCCGGAAUUGCAGAGAUUGCAAGUGCAUAGUAGCCUGCCAGCAAUUUCGUACUCGGGAUUGUAGAAAGCUAGAAGUCUUUUUGUGUUGUGCCACACAACCCAUUAUUGAGUCCUCAGCAAAUAUCAAGUUUGGCUGUUUUCAGUUUUAUUAUCCUGAGCUAGCUUUUCAGUUCAAAGAUGCAGGACUGAGCAUCUUCAAUAACACAUGGAGUAACAUCCAUGACUUUACACCUGUGUCAGGAGAAAACAAUUGGAGCCUCCUGUCAGAGGAUGCAGUGGUUCAGGACUAUGUUCCUCUACCUACUCUUGAAGAGCUCAAAGCUGUACGAAUUUCUACAGAUGCCAGUAGGAGCAUUGUUCCAAUAACUCGGGGUCAGAGGCACAAGAAUAGUGAUGAAUCCUGUUUGGCUGUUUUAUUUGCUGGUGAUUAUACUACUGCAAAUGCCAGGAAACUAAUUGAUGAGAUGCUUAGCAAAGGUUUUUUGCUGGUUCAGACAAAGGAAGUAUCAAUGAAACCUGAGGAUGCUCAGAGAGUUUUCCAAGGAAGAGCACCUGAUUUUAUUCCUUUACUGGAAAAAGGUCCUGUUAUUGCUUUGGAGUUUAAUGGAGAUGGUGCAGUAGAAGGAUGCCAGCUGAUCGUAAAUGAUGUGUUCAAUGGGACCAAGAUGUUUGUAUCAGAAAAUAAAGUAACAGCUUCUGGAGAUGUUGACAGUUUCUACAACUUUGCUGAUCUGCAGAUGGGGAUGUGAAGUACAGCAUGGAACCAUUAUUCUGACAUGAAGCCCAAAUUUUCAACUUGUUUAUGUAGGUUUUGAUAGUAUAAUUUUCUGCACUAGGAGUAUUUUUUUAACUAAUGCUAAAAUGUUAAAAGAUUAUUUUUGAAAGAAUUUCUUUAGUAUGACAUUUACUUGAUGCAAAAUAGAUAGUUCAUCUUAAAAUUUACAUUUAAUGGUUUUUAAGCACUUAAAUCCUUCUCCCACUGUCUGUUCUUCCCUAGAACUUGAAGGUUCACAUUUCUGAAACUCUAAUUUAAAUGAACUGUCAAUGAAACAUCUACAGACAGUUUUAGGAAGCGAAUAAAAUGUAGCACUUCCGUGCAUAGGAUUUAGUACUUGGAAGGGGCCUUAGAGAUCCUUUACUACAAUCCAUUUUAUAGAUGAGAAAUCUAAGAGCCCUUGUCAGUUAAGUGAGUUGCUAAAGGUCAUAUUUAAUAGUAAGUGGGCAAAAUUGGGAAUUUGAAACCACAUUUUCCCUCUGCAAAUGCAUUGAUUUUUCUACUAUGCCACCGUAAAUAAAACUUAACCAAAACAUUUUAACAAGAUUGCCAUUUUAACAUUAACAUCUAUAAAGAACAUAUUGGAAUUUUGUGUAAUUUUACUUUAUUUUAAUAUAUAUAGUGCUAUUGGGAAAAAAAGCCUACUUAAUAAUUCAUUAACCUUCUUAACUAAACUGUUUAAAUUCCUGAUAAUUUAAGCUAUCACAUUUGUUCUAAGGAAAGACUUUUGCACAGCCCAUUACUUGUUUUGGUACCUCUUCUUUUUAGGGAGAUUUGUUUCUGUGACUGUAUCGAUUCAAAUCGAUCAAGGAAUUUUAGUUAUCGUUGCUAAGGACUAUAAAAUGAAACGAUGGCUUUGUAAACAAAGUAGGUUGGGGCUGGAUCUAUUGCUAUAUAAACUGAAGUUGUCAAACAGAUGGACAUUUGAUAAGUUGUUUUACCAAAUAAUUACACCAGUCUAUACAUAGCACAACUUUUCUAAAUAAAGAUACACAAUAGUGGUCAACUUUGGAGCUAAAAUUUUUACAACUCCUUGCAGGAAAGGUAUCAAUCAAUAGAAAUAUAACUGUUAUCUGAAAACUGAGGAUGCUGCCCAGAAAUAAGACUUCUCCUGAUAACAGUAUAGCAUUAAUAUAUUGAUUACCAAAAAGCCAAAUAAAUUUGGUUUCCACAAAAUAUUCUACAUGUAAAAAACAAUAUUAAGGUAACUUUUAAAACUGUCUAGGUUGUGUAAUUGUUUGGGGGGUUGGGGAGUGCAUAGUAACCUAAUAUUCAGAGUUCAGAAAUGUCUUAACAGGCUUAGGAAGAAGUGAAUUUGAUAUUUCCAUUGUGCAAAAGAUAACUUAUCAGAAGGUGCUCCAUUUUUAUAAGUUUGAAAAAGGGAUAUAUUAGGAGCCUUAAUAAUGCCAUUUUGAUAGGCCUAAACACAGAAAAUAACUUUUUUUUAAAUUAAAAAUAACUUUUCAAAAAUUCUUUUCAAGGUGAUUAUAAAAUGUGAAAAUUUAAAUGACAUUCUUUAUUACUUUUAAUAAUGAUUUGAAAUGCCAUUCCUAACUACUUCCAUAAAUUAUAUGCUUAUAGUCAGAGUAGUACAGUGUAAUGACCAUACACUUAAGUAUUUAAAGAACCUGUACUAUCUACUUAAUAUUGUGCUGAUUUUUGCAUUUCAUUUCUUCAACUUCGAUGAGACCAGAAAAUUUUUUAAGAUUAAGGAAAUGGUGUCUUAAAGUAGAAGUAAAAAUCAGUAGUUGUUUAUUAAGGUUUUGGCUAUAAUUAAAGGAAUACUUAGUAAUCCAGUUGGUAGUAAGAGGACUAUUUUUUAUUAGCUAGAGUCUAAAACUGUAUAUACCUCACUUAUUUAAAGUUGCUACUAUUUAUGUUCUUUUGAACAUAAAGAUGUACUUUUAUGAAAAAGUACUUUGAUUUCCUAUUAUUUGAAGGGAUUUUAAAAGUAAAUGAAGUUACAUGCUAGCAUAGUUUCUUUGAUAAUAUCUGACUAUACAGCAUUUCUCUACAGAAUGGCUUUCCAAUUCAUGGACACUUAAUGUAAUGAAUGUUAAUUCAUUUUCCUAAUAUGUUAUAUUUAAACUUACUACUAGCUUAUGUCUCUUGUAUAUUAUUACCUGCUUUACACAAAUUUUGUAUAUUUACUGUCUAGCUUUUGUAUAUAUUUCAUCUAGCAUUUGUAAAAAUGGAAUCUAAAAUAAACAUUGUUAAAAAUAAAA